UUAUGCAUAAAAUUGGCGCCAACUCGACGACGCCUAUUAUGUUUAAUCACAGACUUCUAUAUAAUACACAUAUAGAAGUCUGUUUGUUUAAUAAACGUGUAUCUAAUAUUUUGAUUGAACUUGUUCGCAGUGUCUGAUAAAAUAAUCGCGAUAUCACAUAAUGGUUCGACGAAAAUCCGUACCCAGAACAUUUCCAUCUGAAGCGGAAGGAACAGAAAGAAACAGGACAAAUGUAAUAGUGAACAAACGCAAAAGGAAAAGCCGCGUACUGCAAGAAAUUAAGCAUCUAAGGAGGACUACGCACUUUCUUAUACCCAGACUGCCUUUCUCACGAUUAAUCAGACAAAUUAUGCUGGACUUAUUUCCAAGACAAGAAAUCAACAAGAUACAAGCUACUGCCUCGAAGCCUUACAAGAGGCAACAGAGAUGUACAUCGUACAAUCUUCGAAGAUGCAUUACUGUUGGCGUUGCACGCCAAACGGGUUACUCUUAUGCGACACGAUAUGGUUUUAAUGCGCAGAUUGAGAGGCCGCUCAGAUAUUAUCAAUAG